GGGGGUAGAGCUGUUUGGGUAAGCAGUUAUUUCUCUGGUGUGUCUCUAUAGAGGUUUAGAGAGGUCUUUAUUGUGUCUUGUUACUUUGCAGAUUAAAGAAGUGUCUUUCUGUCUUGUUUUACUUCAACAUUGAAUAAAAUGAGGGAGUGUAUUUCGGUGCAUAUUGGUCAAGCAGGAGUCCAGAUGGGUAAUUCCUGCUGGGAGUUGUAUUGCCUGGAGCAUGGCAUCCAGCCUGAUGGGAUGAUCACUUCUGGCAGCACCAGCUUGGCUGAUUCUUCUUUUGGUACUUUCUUUAGUGAAACUGGAGCUGGAAAAUACGUUCCACGAGCUGUUUUCAUUGACCUGGAGCCAACAGUUGUGGAUGAGAUCAGGAAUGGACAUUAUCGUCAACUUUACCACCCAGAGCAGCUAAUCAGUGGCAAAGAGGAUGCAGCUAACAACUAUGCCCGUGGCCACUACACCAUUGGCAAGGAGAUUGUAGACUCUGUCCUUGAUCGCAUGCGAAAAAUGGCUGACCAGUGUACGGGUCUACAAGGAUUCCUGAUCUUUCACAGCUUUGGUGGUGGGACUGGAUCUGGUUUCACCUCUCUGUUGAUGGAGCGCCUAUCUGUCGACUAUGGCAAAAAAUCAAAGCUGGAGUUCUCAGUCUACCCAGCUCCCCAGGUUUCCACUGCAGUGGUAGAGCCCUACAACUCUAUCUUAACCACUCAUACCACCCUUGAGCACUCGGAUUGCUCCUUCAUGGUGGACAACGAGGCCAUUUUUGACAUUUGCAAGCGCAAUCUGGACAUAGACCGUCCAUCCUACAACAACCUGAACAGACUAAUUGCACAGAUUGUCUCUUCCAUCACUGCUUCUUUGCGAUUUGAUGGUGCUCUCAAUGUGGAUCUCACAGAGUUCCAGACCAAUUUGGUUCCAUACCCUCGUAUCCAUUUCCCACUGGUUACCUACUCCCCUAUUAUAUCUGCUGAGAAAGCCUACCAUGAGCAGCUGUCUGUGGCUGAGAUCUCUAAUGCUUGCUUUGAGCCAGCCAACCAGAUGGUGAAAUGUGACCCUCGCCGUGGCAAAUACAUGGCCUGUUGCUUGCUCUAUCGUGGUGAUGUGGUACCCAAAGAUGUUAAUGCUGCUAUUGCCAGCAUCAAGACCCGGCGCUCAAUCCAGUUUGUGGACUGGUGUCCCACUGGCUUCAAAGUGGGAAUCAACUACCAGCCCCCCACUGUAGUACCUGGUGGCGAUCUGGCCAAGGUCCAAAGGGCUGUAUGCAUGCUGAGUAACACUACUGCAAUUGCUGAAGCCUGGAGUCGCUUGGAUCACAAGUUUGACCUGAUGUAUGCGAAGCGGGCAUUUGUGCACUGGUAUGUUGGUGAGGGAAUGGAAGAAGGUGAGUUCUCUGAAGCCAGAGAGGACAUGGCUGCCUUGGAAAAGGAUUAUGAGGAGGUUGGUGCAGAUUCUGCUGAAGAUGCUGAGGAAGAUGCAGAUGAGGAGUACUAGAAUUGUUCUGUUGUAACGGAGGAUUUUUGUACAAAAUGUUGAAUAAAUAAAAAUUAGCAUGUA